AUGCUGCGCAUUGCCCGCCUAAGCGUCACCGCUCUGGUCCUGCUGGUUGUCUGGGGCUUCACCCUCACCGUUGCACCCCCCUCCAUCUGGACGCUGGUGGCCCUGGCCCCUGUCUACCUGGUCUUCGCCCUGGGUUUGUACCUUGCCUCCUCCUUGGCCUACGGCGUAGCGACCUUCCGGACCGUGCCGGAGGAAUCCGAGUACCUCAAGCAGGACAUCUCCCGCGCCCGCGCCGGCCUCGCCCGAGUUGGCAUCACAGCCUGA